UGCCAAGCACUGAACAUGGGCUACACCUUCACUUUGCUCUUGGCUCUGGCACUGCUCCACAUCGCCCGGGGGGCAUCUGUGGGUCAGGACAGCAGGAUACGCUAUGACAACUAUUCCGUCUAUAAGAUCAAGUACGAGAGUCUCGGACAGCGCAAUCUUCUGCGACAACUGGCAGAGGAUCGGAAUAAUUUCAGGCUGUGGCAUGAGGCCAAGGAUGAGCUGCACCUGAUGAUCAGCCCCUACGGUUUGCCCGAGUUCCAGGCGGAAGUGUUGAAGGCCAAUGUCAGUGCAGAGAUCUUCAUACCCAAUGUGCAGGAGCUAAUCGACGUGGAGACGGAUGAAAACUCUAGAGCCUCGAGCGAUGAUUUUGGCUGGAAAAAGUAUAAUUCGUUGGCCGAAAUUGAGGCCUGGCUGGACGAUAUACUCGCCAGAUAUCCGGUAAUUACGGAAGGUUUUGUCUUGGGUACAUCCUACGAGGGUCGCACCAUACGCGGCCUGAAGAUCUCCUACAAAUCGGGUAAUCCCGGUGUCUUUAUUGAGUCCAACAUUCAUGCCCGCGAAUGGAUAACUUCGGCCACGGCGACAUGGCUUAUCAAUCAGUUUCUCACUUCCGAGGAUCCGCUGGUAAGGACCUUAGCCGAGAGCCACGACUGGUACAUUGUGCCCGUGCUAAAUGUAGAUGGAUUUGUGUACACCCAUGAAAAGGAUCGCAUGUGGCGCAAGACGCGUCAGCCCUCGGAGAUUUCUGCCUGCGUUGGCGUCGAUCCCAAUCGCAAUUACGACUCCCAUUGGAUGGAGAACGGUGGUGCCUCCUCGAACCCCUGUGCCGAGGACUAUGGGGGACCGCAUGCCUUCUCCGAGCCGGAGAUCCAGGCCAUGUCCGACUUUGUGGGCAGCAUCAAGGAGAAACUCAAUGUGAUGCUGGCCUUUCACUCCUACAGCCAGCUACUGCUCUCGCCCUAUGGCCAUACCAAAGAGGAAUAUCCCGAAAAUUUCGACGAUCUGAUGGAGGUGGCCAAGGCCUAUGGCGAUGCGGUUGAGGCGUUCCCCUAUGGCACAGUCUACAGAUAUGGUUCUGCUGCGGGAAUACUUUAUCCCGCCUCGGGGGCAACCAAUGACUGGGCCUACAACGAGCAGGGCAUCGAGAUAUCCUACACCAUCGAGUUCCGGGACACGGGUCGCUAUGGCUUCAUCCUGCCCCCGGCGCACAUCGUGCCCAAUGCUGAGGAGGCGCUCAUUGGGAUUACCGCAUUGUUAGAUAAGUGUAAAACGUUGGGUUAUCUGGAGCUGAAAUAUAAUUUGUAAUCGAAAGCAUAAUAAAAGAAUUAAGAUUCGAUUACGAAAGCGA